AUCGGUCCCUGUCAGGACAGGUCUCAGUCAGGGGCAGUGCUGCUGUCUGAUGCGAGAGGAUCCGUCUCCGAAUGUACUACCGUUGUUGCCGGUGAGUGGCGCCACAUACGAUCAGCGGUACAUGAGCUGCCUGGGUAAUUUUUUUUGCACACGGCGGAACAAGAUCAGUUUUUGCCAAACAUGGCAUCCAUGAUCACGCCGACAAUGCUCGUCGUUAUUUUACUGCUUUGUGGUCUUGACUACGCUUCCAUGUUCCAAGUGUUGGACUUGACUCACGAUCUGAGUGCUAAAACGUUGUACUGGCCUGGAAAUCCGUCAUACAACUUCACGGAACUAGCGAGAGGACAAAUGGACAAUUUCUGGUAUGAGUCUAACUUCAUUGCCACGGCUGAACAUGGCGGUACACAUGUCGACUCGCCUGCGCACUUUUACGAGGGAGGAUGGCGAACACAACAGAUACCCAUGGAAAGGCUGACAGGACCGGGUGUUGUCAUCGAUGUGAAGGACAAAGCUCGUGAUAAUCCGGAUUACCGAGUGCUACUAAAUGACAUAACAGAAUGGGAAUCUGUAAACGGACGGAUUCCGGACAAUGCUGCAGUCAUUAUGAAUUCCGGUUGGGGAGCGAAAUAUCCGAACAAAACAGCCGUGUUUGGGACAGAAACUCCGAGUGUACCCAGUACAUUUCAUUUUCCCGCUUGGCACCAAGAUACAGUCACGUGGCUGAUCAACCAGCGACAUGUGUACAUGAUUGGGGUAGACACACCCUCCACAGAUUUUGGCCAAUCAUCAACCUUUCCAACACAUGUAGUGCUGUCUAAGCACAAUGUGGUUGGUUUAGAAAAUGUUGCAAAUCUAGAUACAAUUCCGGUUUCGGGAACUCGCAUAUUUGCCGCUGUUACCAAAAUAAAGGAUGGGAGUGGCGGUCCGGCCAGAAUUUUUGCAACAAUUUCGACAGAGGACGAAAAAUGCACUAAUUCUGGACCGCUCCGACUUCCGCUUUCAGUUUUAAGUUUGAUCUGCGUUGGUGUGGCUACCAUCAUGUUCAUGUAUCAUGAUGAACAGAUCUAGACAUCAGAGGAGUUUCCAAUUAACAAGAAAGUGUAUACAUUAUCAUGGAUUUGAUAUAAAGUCAAACAUCUACACUUGAUGUUAAUUUUAAUGUUGCAACAACUUUACCUCUGCCACUGACUGACUAAAUUUUCUAACUCUAACGUUUACAUUUCAAGACAACCGUGACCUAUAUCUCUUUUUAAGGACAAAUACGUAUGUAUGUAUAUAUUCUCAAUCGGAUUUAUUAUUAACACUUUUUUCAUACAUGUAAAUCUUAAAUGUAAACAUUUUAAUAAAGUAUAUUUUUUAUUUGCAACAA